CAAAAUGGAGGGAGAGUGUGAUCCAUCUUUAGUCGAACAAUUUGUAAACAUUACGGGGGCCACUGAGAGUAGAGCACAAGUAUUGCUGAACGCUUGUAGUGGUAAUUUGGAAAUGGCAAUUGAUAUGCAUUUAGAAGAGGAUGAACCAUCGGGAAAUCAUUCUCAAGGAGAAAGCACUAGUCAUCAGUGUGUCGGGGAAGACGAUGUAAGAGCUCCCAUUCCACAGACAAGAGGUGUUUUAGUGGAAGGAUCAUAUGGACGAGUUGCUCAUACAAGACGACAUGGUAAUCAGUCUGUAUUUGAUGCAUUCAGAGACUUUCAAGCUGAAGCAAGGGAACAAGAACAACAGUUAAGUGGUAAUAUUGGCAAGGGCAAAUACAAGACUUUGAAGGAUCUUUUUAAACCUCCACUAGAUAUUAUCCACAAAGGAACAUUUGAAACAGCUAAAGUUACAGGAGAGCAAGAGGGAAAAUGGUUAAUUGUAAACAUACAAGACAGCAAGGAAUUCAAAUGUCAGCAGUUGAACAGGGAUGUUUGGAGUAAUGAAGCAGUCAGGAAUAUCAUGGCAGAUCAUUUUAUUCUCUGGCAGGUGUAUCGCGACAGUGACGAUGGAGAUAGGUACACUCAGUUUUACCAUGUUACAAAAUUCCCCCACCUGUCAGUCCUGGACCCCAGAACAGGGGAGAAGUUGGUAGAAUGGGACACAGUCGAUGCACAAUCCUUUUGUGAAGUAGCUACAGAAUUUUUGAUGCAUCAUUCCCUAGGGAAAGAAUCAAAUGGAUGUUUUUCUCCUGCGGCAAAACGACGAAAAAGGGAAAGUAUAAUUGAUGCAUCAGAAGACUCGCAGUUAGAAGCUGCGAUCGCUGCGUCGUUAAAGGAGACCUCAACUGGUAACAACCGGCAGGAUAAGGAUUACGUAGACACUCAAGACGAGGAUAGCUUGACAGAGUUUACGGAUUCUGAAUCGGAGUUGGAGAAACCUCUUAAAGAUACGUUGGAAGAUAAUUCCGUAGGAAGUGAUAGAACAAUAAAAACAGUGAAUUAUGAGGAGAAUAAUAGUAAACAAAAUGAAAAAAGAAUCGACGAUAUUUGUAGUACAGAAAACGAAAAACAGGAAAACACAAACUAUAUUGAUAGAAAAAACGACGACAUUGAGGGUAAAAAGUUUAAAGGAGACGACGUUGAUGAGGAUGAUGCACCUGAUUCUGGUUGUGUCAAAGCAUACAUAAUGUUGAGGUACCCCAAUGGAAAACGAAAACUAAAGACAUUCUCUGCUGAAGCAGCUAUACUGGAUCUUAUGAAAUAUGUACAAGAUCAAGGAUUUUCUAGUGAGAGAUAUGAACUUGUUACAAAUUUUCCUCGCAAGAAACUUUCGUACAUGAAUUCUGGUCUCUCAUUAAAGGACGCUGGACUCUUCCCGAGAGAAACUGUAUUUAUACAAGAAAGAUUGCAUGAAAGUUCGUCGUAAUAAUUAGCUCAAAUCCUUAAACAGGGAGAGGGAAGCUAACUAACAAUUCUUUUACAUAAAGAGCUCGUGUGAAAACUGGGGGAUUAGGGAUGAUGGUCAAUCAUUUUCUGACAAUAUUAACUCUUAAGACAACGGAGUGUAAAUUUUCUACGAAAGUUUAUCAAAGUUGAAUACAAGAGCUACAUUAAUGAUAGAAAUGAUCAUUGUUUUAAAUAAUAAUGCCUGGAAACCAUGGUCAUACCCAAUAAAAUCAACCUGUUUUAUUUAAACAUGCCCAUGCAAUGAUUAUUUCCGUCAUUCGUUUACCGCUCUCGAGCUCGUACAUUUACCUAUUGACUAUCUAGUUGUAGUUUAAUUACAUAUAAACUUACACAAAUACGAGAUUUUUGUGAAAUAGUUUGAUCAGUUUUACGCGAAUUUAUUUUGCAAUGAAGAAGUUUAAAAAAAUAAUUGCAUUCUUUCAUGUCCUAGGACGCGCGUUAUUCAUUAUUCCUGAUAGUUACGGAUGUUGAUUUCCACGGAGAAUACAGGUACCUAAUUAGGUAGUUACUACACAAUAAAUACCUGUUAGCAAGACUAAUGAAAUUGACAGUCAAGUGACUAAGUGAACGAGUAUUGAACAUAUAAUAUUUGUUAUUAUCAAUAAAUAUAUAUAUAUAUCCUACGCGAGGAUAGGUCUGCUUGGCUACAAAUGGAACAAGUUAAUUCUCAGUAAAGCUACAAAACAGCCAUAAAAGCCCCCAAAAUUUUUGAAGUCCAAGUUUAUGAAAUAACCUUUAAGAAAAGACUGAAUAAAAAUUUCAGAAUAAAAAACCAUAUCUUCAAAAUAUUCCUUUUAUUGAUGGUCAAAUUAUAGGUGCUUGCACCAUAUCUGCAAGUAUCAAUAGACCUUUUGCAUUAUGGACACUUUUAAUCUAUGCAUGGAAAUGCAAUUAAAUUACCACUGCAGAAGAGUGUGCUUACAUUAGUAGAAA